UUGAAACCCUAGAUGUCCAUUCGGAGAAUGACAAUGGAGGAGUAAUACAUCGAGCGCGAAAGGGGGAAAGACAGAGAGUCUAAUCCGAAACUCAUGGAAGCGAUGCCAAUUUCCACUUCUUUCCGUCGACUAUGCACCAAAUUCCCACCAUUUCUCCUCUUUCCCAAUCCCCGAAUCUCCAAAACCCCACAAAGCCUCUCGUACUACUGGAAUUCCAAAUCAAUCUCAAUCCAGAAACUCCCCACAAAGCUGCUCGUUUCAUCGUCUUCUUCCCCUUCUGUUUCACUCCAACCCAUCGAAGAACUCCCGCCUAAGCUCCAAGAAAUCGUCAAGCUCUUCCAAGCCGUUUCCGAACCCAAAGCCAAGUACGAGCAGCUCCUGUUCUAUGGAAAAAAUUUGAACCCUCUCGAUGCCCGGUUCAAGACCAGCGAGAACAAGGUCCAGGGCUGCGUUUCUCAGGUCUGGGUCCGAGCUUACUUCGACGACGAGAAGAACGUUGUGUUCGAGGCCGAUUCUGACUCGGUGCUCACCAAGGGACUCGCGGCUUUGCUUGUUCAGGGCCUCUCCGGCCGGCCCGUACAGGAGAUUUUGCGGGUUUCCCCCGAUUUUGCAAUGUUGCUUGGAUUGCAACAGAGCUUGACGCCGUCGAGGAACAAUGGGUUCUUGAAUAUGUUGAAGUUGAUGCAGAAGAAGGCCUUACAGCUCUAUGCAGAAGCUGAAAACAAUGAUAGAGAUUUUGGCGGCGAAGUUUCAAAAAACCCGGAUGAGGAUUCGAAUUCAGGCUCAGAAAUUGCGACUUUGGAGGUUUCUGAGUCAGCUAGUGGGAGUUCGGGAUCAAAUUCUGGUCCUAGUACUCUGUUGGGGAGUAGAGGGAAGAGAAUUGAGGAGAAAUUGGAGAGAGAAUUGAAGCCUACUGAUUUGCAAAUCGAAGAUAUUUCUUAUCAGCACGCGGGGCAUGCCGGUGCUCGUGGCAGUAACGGCGAGACACAUUUUAAUAUAAAACUGGUGUCAAAGGAGUUUGAAGGGAAGAGUUUGGUGAAGAGGCAUAGGCUGAUUUAUGAUCUGUUGCAAGAUGAGUUGCAGAGUGGACUGCAUGCCUUGUCCAUUGUGGCAAAGACACCAUCUGAAGUUGAUACUAGCUGAGGAGUUUUCAUAGAAGAGCGGGAAUGCAAGAAAGGCAAAGA